CUUCAUCAUAGUCUAUCAAGAGUUUCCAAGUCAAUGAUUAUUUUUUUAAUAUCGUACAUACCUAAAGCACCGAAUGAAACAACCCUCUGUGGCUGUGAUUGGUUGAAGCAAUUAGGAUGAAUGUAGCGCCGGAGGCCCGUACCUUUUCUCCAUUAUCUUUUGCAAAACCUUUGACAGAGGCUUGCUCUUCCACAUGGAAGGUGUGAUUCAAAAAUUUGAGGUGCUGCAGCGGAAACGUCGUUCCGAUGAAGCUUUGGAGCUCUUAAAGCGCAUUGCGUUACAGGUCAAACCAAUCAUGCGCAAACGAGGUUGGAAAGUGGUGCACCUUUGCGAAUUCUUUCCGUCUAAUCCUAGUUUGCUGGGUGUCAAUGUCAAUAAAGGAUUCAAGAUCAAUAUACGAUUACGGCCACACUAUGACGAUUCAGCUUUUCUCGAAUACAAUGACUUGCUUGGAACGAUGCUGCAUGAACUCACGCAUAUUGUUCGAGGACCUCAUGACGACGUGUUUUACAAAAUACUUGACGGAUUGAACGACGAACUCGACGAGCUUAUCUUGACAGGUCAAAAGGGAUAUCUGGCGUUUGAUGGGACUGGUCAUAAGCUAGGCGGUAGUUUUGGUUCAAUUUCAGGCGAUCCACGAGCCCGUGCGGUUGCAGCAGCCGAGCAGCGACGACGAAAGCAAGGAAUGAUGAUUCCGUCUGGAGGCCUACGACUUGGUGGCAAUACUUGCAAGGGCUUUUUGGAGAAAGCAUCGACACCAGCACAAAUGGCGGCACAGGCCGCAGAACGACGUAUGCGAGAUCAAAAAUGGUGUGGAGGACUGCAACAGGAAUCCGAUUUAGGUUUUUCGUCGUCCCCCUCCUCAUCUUCGAGCUCACCAUCGACGUCGUCAUCUUCUUUUUCUUCUUCGCCAUUACCCGGAUCAAAACCUACUGAUGCUAUUGUUAUAGCCGACAGCGAUGACGACGACCAUCAUGAUGAUAUUAGUCGCGGACAAAAGCGUGGUAGAAUCGAUGUUGAAAACGUUAUUACGAUAAAAAAGCCAACAAUUCCUGCGAUCCAAUCUCGAAAACCGAUACCAUCAUCAUCAACAAAAUUUCCGUCAUCAAAACCGUUGGAAACGGCUCUUGUCGGAUGGGUUUGUGCAGCAUGCACUUUUAACAACAAAGACCUAGUUUUGGCAUGUACCAUGUGUCUCACACAACGACCUACUAUUACCAUUCCUACCGCUGCCGCUGCUUUCUCGAUCACGAAUACAUCCACUCACCGCUCCACCGAUUCUAUCUGGACGUGUUCACAAUGUAGUUUGUACAAUCCAUCCUCCUCUUCCACAUGCGGCGCUUGCAGCUACUCACGAUAAAUCGCAUUUGUAUAUUAUUUUAUUCAUCCUUGUCAUUCCCUUUCUCCACUUUGUUUCUAUUCAUCAUACCACUAUUUAAAGAAACAUAUGUACAUUCAUCGGCUUUCUCACUGCGUUCGAAAAACCUUCGUGAUAAUGGUAUGUUACCGCAGCCUUCGUAAUAGCUAGCAGAAGAUUGAAUAAUGUUAUGUCAGUCUUAAAAUGAUGCCUUAUCACCUUGUAUAAAGUUUCAAAUUAACCAUGUAUUUUACCUGGUCCUCUGCUGUUGGUUGGG